GUGUAAACGGUGUAUACGAUAAUUUACUGUGCUUGCGAUACUUAUCUACGUCACAGGGUGUCCAGUUUCCCUAAUUUGGGGUUGGAUGAAAUUACUGCUUGAUUUAAAUAUUGACACACCUCGAAUACAGAGACUGAAGCAAAUUUUUAAGUAGACUGUGUGUGAAGUCAAAGACAAAAUGAGUAACUUUCACUUUGUCUUGUUGACUGUUUGUCUUGUUUUAUGGAAGUCUGUGAGAGCUGAUGUUUAUUUACAUAAUCCAAGGGGAGGUAACAACAGGUUGGAUGAAGAAAACAGAAAUGUCCAGAAUAAUAAAAGGAUGUUUGACUCUCAGAACAACAAUAGAGGGGGAUACAAUGUUGGGUCACUCUACUACUACGUGGGGUCAACCCUACAGAUAGAAUGGACAAACCAGCAUUCAUGCAGUAACCCUAACAGCCAUUGUGAGAUAAUUCUACAGUAUAUGUGUGACGACCAGCUCAGGGAUGGUGCCUCCACAAAUACUAUACCCACCAAUCCAGAUGAUUGUCGACUGGGAAACUGCAAUACAGAUAAAGAAUAUGGCAUGAACGAGAACUAUGAAUAUUACCUUAAUUGUCGGUCACGACAACGCAACAAAGGGCUAUUUAUAGCAGACCAGAAUCUGAAUAACAGAAACAGGGCAGUCAACACUCGACAGAAUCCCAAUGGUCAGCGCUAUGGUUACGAGUGCCCAGAGGAGCGGGAUUAUUACCCUUACUGGGGCCCCACACCUUGGAUGGAUAUUGCUGUUCUGACUAAUGAUGCCACCAGAUGUCCUUAUUACAAAGCUGAGAGUGCCAACGUCAAACCCCGGUACGGCUGUGUGAUGCCAGCAGAGGUUCUCCAAGAAAACCUUGGCAGAAUCACCCUCCCCAACACUAAAGAGGCUUGUGAGGUGUACAGAUACCCCAGUAACGACCCCAAUGGUGUAUUGGCAGAGUGGAAGGAGGUCCCUGCCUUUGGUAUCGAGGCCCCAGACUGCCGUGAGACCCAGUUCUCUAGAGACAAUCACCUAGGUAACGGGAUCGGAGGUCACGCCCUGGUCUUCAACUGGACUGUGCCCAAUACUGUUCACGAGAAUUGUGCCAUGAGAAUAAGGUACAAUAUUUCCACUGGUGACUACAAUGGCUGGAACACUACGUAUGAUACAGAUGUGGAUGCUCAGUUGGCUGACAAAGUCGGAUUGUCUGAAAAUGAGGCUAACCAAAGGGGCUUCCUGUUUGAAAACAACCCUGAAGUUAAAGUCUUCAACGAUGCGAACUUUGAACUCCAGCUUGCUGUAAACACAGCACAAUUUGGUCGUACAUUUGAGGACAGGUCUUUUGCUUUUGCCAUUCGCCCCCGCCCGGCCAGUACCGUGGGAAGAACAAUCUCCAAUCUCAAUGUACGAGGGAAGAGAGGAAACAUUGUACAGGUGUACCCAUCUGUAGAAUACGACUUUGUACCCAACAACCUGGAGAUGGGAACCUCAAAUUACAUACAUAUACAAUGGACAGGCUCCAAUACUAACAACCCAAACAAUGACGGCAAUGGACAGGCCAGGUCAGAUAGGAACAAUAUUGUCCAGCUUGGAGAUCCGACCUAUGAUGAGGGCAGUCUGACCAGAUUUGGCCCCGGGGCAGUGUACGGAAAAUAUGGAGUGAAUUAUCCAGCACAUGCUGUCAACUCAUCUUUCCUUGGUCUUAGUCAAGAAGAUCUGCUGCACCUGGCAUUUAAUUCUCCAGGACAUUUUGGAGGUGAACUCUCCCAACUGGAUGAUGCGGGUACUUAUUUUGAUCUUGGUCUCCGUAUGAUUUCCCAGGAAGGGACGUACCACUACAUGUGUACUCGUAACAAUGACUUCUCCAAUCGAGAUCAAAAGGGGAGGAUCACGGUUUUACCCUACCUCACAGGAAACCAGGCCAUUGGCUGGGGAGGUGGAACAUUGGCUUUAGCUGAUAAUAGAGCCAAGGUGAUGGUCGGGCAAGGUGUUUUCGCCACUCUACAGACCCUACAAAUGGAGGAGUGGUCCCCCGAACAGGCAGUAGGGAGUGGGUCACUGAGGAGUGAACCAGUUGGAGAUGACUACGCCAGUAACUUUGUUGUCAUCCGACCAGAGACUGUGGUGACACAGAAUGGCGCCACCUUUACCAUUCAGAUGCAGGUAGAUCCUGAUGCCAGUAAUGUGGAAAUUUACCGCUCCAAAUUCCAGGAUAUGGCCAGCUGGACAAAGAUCCCAUCCUCAGUUAACGGAGGAACCGCCAGCUUCCAGGUGGACCAAGGUGGUGUCUACGUGGCCAGGUCCCACCAGAACCUGGGUCCCAUCAUUGGUAUCGCAGUUGCUGGAAUUGUUUUGGCUUUGGUUGUGGUAGCUACUAUUGUGUAUUUUAGACGAAAUCCUGACAGAUUUCAGAAAUUGAAGAGCGGUGCUAGGAAAGCAGAGAGAUCUGUUCAAAACAAAGUGUAAAUUAAGAGACAGGGGAUUGCAAAUGGCAUUACAUUUUAAAUGUUCAUUUCUGGUUCAUCAGAAUUUUUUUCUGCUCAGGUUGCUGUAUUAGAAUUUAUAACAUCUUUCAAAAAAAAAAAGUGUUCAUUCUUUAGUCAUUCGAUUAGAAGUCAUACUGUAUUACGAAUACAGUUAUAUGUAAAUGGUGUACAAAUUUUUAUAUUUUCAGUCUUUUUUAAUGAGAUUGAUUCUU